AAUCCGCGGCCCCGCCCAUGGUGAUUGUCCGGGAUGAGGCCCUCUUCUUUCAUUCACACGCGGCCCAGAACAGUUCCUUCUACUGCACAAAGAUCCCCCAUGGUGAUAAUGAUGGUGAUAGAGUUUUUGGGACGCUGAUCAAAAGCUGAGAUUGUCAGAGAGUGAAAAGAAAAACUCCAACAAAGAAGAAGAUCGUGGUGGUGGCACCUUCUCCCUGAGCUGGACUCACAGCAUAAGAGGAGCCGUGGGAACUUGGGGAGGCACUGUCACAGUGAUGGUGUGAUGGCUGGCAACCGCAGAGGCCUCUGCAGAGAGGCACGGCAGUGGAGGGGAGCAGCGGACAUGAAGGACGGCACUGGCUGGGGGAACAUGAAUGGCUGCACUGCCACACCACACUGCCUUGGAACCAACUAAGUAUGGACUGAAACCUUCAAGAACUGGAAGUUUUGGCACAUCUCUGACCUGCACCUUGACCCCAACUACACGGUAUCCCAGGACCCCCUCCGAGUGUGCCCCUCGGCUGGCACCCAGAUGGUGUACAACCCGGGGCCCUGGGGUGACUACCUCUGUGAUUCUCCAUGGGCCCUCGUCAACUCUUCCGUCUAUGCCAUGAAGGAGAUCGAGCCGAAUCCAGACUUCAUUUUCUGGACAGGUGAUGAUACGCCACACGUGCCUGAUGAGAAGCUGGGGGAGGCAGCUGUGCUGGAAAUUGUGGAGCGUCUGACCAGCCUCAUCCGGGAGGCCUUUCCAGAUACUAAAGUCUAUGCUGCUAUGGGAAAUCACGACUUUCACCCUAAAAACCAGUUCCCAGUGCACAGUAACAAUAUCUACCAUCAGGUAGCAGAACUGUGGAGACCCUGGCUUAAUAAUGAGUCUGUCAAUCUCUUCAAAGAAGGUGCCUUCUAUUCCGAGUUGUUGCCGGAUCCCAGCAGUCCAGGCCGAAUCGUGGUUCUCAACACCAAUCUCUACUACAGCAACAAUCAGCUGACGGCAGACCUGGCUGACCCCAGCCAGCAGUUCCAGUGGCUGGACAGUGUGCUGACCAACGCGUCCCACGCUGGGGAGAAGGUCUACAUAAUUGGCCAUGUGCCCCCAGGGUUCUUUGAGAAGACACGGAAGAAGGCGUGGUUCCGGGAUGGCUUCAACAAGGAGUACCUGAAGAUGGUCCAGAAGCACCACCACGUCAUAGCAGGGCAGUUCUUUGGGCACCAUCACACUGACAGCUUCCGGAUGUUCUACGAUGAUGCAGGUGCACCCAUAAGCGCCAUGUUCCUUGCUCCUGGGGUCAGCCCGUGGAAAACCACGCUGGUUGGAGUGGUCAAUGGGGCCAACAAUCCAGGCAUCCGGCUGUUUGAGUAUGACCGAGCCACACUGAACCUGCACGACAUGAGGACCUACUUCCUGAACCUGAGCCAGGCGAAUGCACAGGAUAACCCGCACUGGGAGCUCGAGUACAGGCUGACUGAGGCCUACGGGGUGCCAGAUGCGAGCGUCCGCUCCAUGCAAGCGAUAGCAACUAGCAUAGCUGGUGACCAGGACAAGCUGCAGCGCUACUACGUCUACAACUCUGUGAGCUACGACACUACAGCCUGUGGUGAGACCUGCCGUACGGAGUUCUUGUGUGCCACGCAGGAAGUGGACUUUGAUGCCUACGACACCUGCCUGAGGCACACCAACGCCAGCCCCAGGCUAAGGGGCCUGCUGGUCUUGUUGGCCCUGCUGCUGGGCCUGCGGGCUCUGCUUGCACCCUGACCUUGAGCACCACCCUCCCCUUGUGGGGCUAAUUCCCCUGCCAGUAAGAUGGGGUGGCAUCACCCCCAUAACUGCUGAUUUUGCCACCAUUUCCCUGUGUCAGAGGAGAGUAAACUGGAAUGGGACUGGCGAGAUCAGGAAAUGAAGUUCCAAAACCCUUCUGGAAGCACAUUUCUUUCAGGUUUUGGGUUUUAUCUGCAAAAUCAAUGUGUGUAGUGCAUCUUGUUCUGUGCAUUAUUCCUUUUAAUAUAUAAAAGUUUAAAUCAGCUCACUCUUGGUUAUUAAACUGUCCUCUCUUUGCUCUGGA